UCCCCUGCAUUGGCAGGCGGAUUCUUAACCAUUGCGCCACCAGGGAAGUCCCCAGAUCUUUUCUGAGUGUGCGAACUUUACGGUAACACGCGGCCUCAUGCUCUGCACACCUGCUCCCCCACGGACAGCAAGCAGCUGAGCCUCCUCCAAGCCCCCGUGGCUGCCUGCCGUCCCCGAACUGUCCAGAGGCAUUUCACGGAGACCCUCGUGUUUAUCUCUGAGCAGGUCUCCUUCACAAUCGCCAACUUCACCAAAGUGAACCUUGCAUGAGGCUGUUUCCAAACACAACAGCCCUCAUGGAUUUGGAGGCUAUAGUCCCCAACCCUGAGGACUGGGUGCCUCUUCCAGCUGAGGCCCCAGCAGAUGACCCCUGCCUGGGGACCAGCAGGGAUGUUCCAAAAAUGCAGGUUCCCAGGUCCUGCCCAACUCAGUGGGAUAGGGGUGAGGCCCCUUGACCUACCCUCUAAUCGAGUCCCUCAGGUGAUGGGCACACAGGCCUCAUGUUGGGAAGAAUGAGGAACCAGGGACCAGGGAGGGGAGCGCCUGACCCCACCUGAACCCAGCCAGGCGGGCAAGGCCACCGCGGCGGGCGCCCACCUCCUCAGGACUCGCCCGUCCCGGCCUGGGACGCUGUGCUUAAAGUGCCAGACGUGCUCUGGGGGACAGUCCAGCCUGUUGAGUAACCAGGGCUCCGCAAGCCUGGCCACGUGCUCACCAUCUGAGCCUUUACAGAAACACUUCGCUGCCCCAUCAGGUGGUGGUUUCUGGGGUUCUCGCCGGGCACACGUCGAGAGCUCCGACCUUGGGCCAGACCUCCUGGGGUGGCUCUGGCCCCCUCAGAGGCACCACCAACCCUCUCCGCCCCUCGUUUCAUCUACAAGAUGAGGCCCGCUGCCAUGCUUGUCAUGAGGAUGAAACUGGUGCAGGUAAAAUGAGGCACUGGGAGGACAGGCCACCUGGCCAAGGCCAGGAAAGCCGAUAUGCAAAUGCCCAGGUGCCCGCAGCUCACAGCUCAGGCUGCAGACACUCGAGGAAUUCUGCAGCCGAACGCCCGAGGUCUCCGGAGGCCCUGAGCCCAGUGGGCCUCUUGUUUCUUCCUGGAAAUGAACACUGGCUGGACUCCUCUUCCUGGGAAGAAAAGGGGAUGUGGGGUUCAAGGGGCCAAGCCAGGAGCCCACUCAGACCCACAGGGGUUCAGCAGGUCGUGGGUGGGCUGCUGGCUCUGCCCUGCUUUCCCCGGCCUCUCUGCUGUGGUGGGCGCAGUGCCAGGCCACGCCGCAGUGCAUCACCCGCAUGGACCAUCUCCCCUCGCCAGGCGCGGGGAAUCCAGUCUCGCCCCACACGCCCAGCAGUGCAGAGACAGGGCAGCACAGAGAUCAGGCGAGCCAGGCCCAGGGACCGGGCUCUGCACAUCACACUGACCACCCUGCGAAAGACCAGCCUGGCCUGGGCGCCCAGCAGGAGCGUUCUGGGACAUCAUCGAUCCGUUCAGUCCACUGGUGUUUACUGACCACCUACUGUGUGCCAGACACGCCUCUCCGUGCUGGACAGAGCAGCGAGCAAGCCAAGCGACCAGGGUGUCAUACGUGGGAAGCAUCAGGUGUGCUCGGCGCGGGGAACACAGCACAACCCCCUCAUCUCCCAGCACAAGCACUCACCCCACCAGCAGUUCCCAGGCCUCUUCCUCCAGAGCCUGGACUCUGCUGCGGAGCCCCGGUCAGCUGAGAAGCUCGGGCCAUGUCCCAUACCUGCCACUCCAGGGAGGGGAGGUUCCUGGCUGGCAGAUCGGCCCAGGGGCCCGUGUGGUACGCACACCCCCCACCCAGCGUGGGCAGAACGCCCCGGGUCCUAACCGCGCGUCCACCACACAUGGCCACGGACUAACGCCCCACCUCUCUCUAAACCUGUCCUAGAGAAAAGAUGGGCAAAUGAUACUUGGCUUUUAUCGUGGUUGUGAGAACAAAAACAGAGCUAACAUAAACGUCUGAAAAGUAUACAAUGACGUUUUUUUCUCUCUCAGAACAAAGAGCUCCUGUGCCCACAGCAGGCCCCCCGGACACGGUUCCUGACAAGGACCGUUGGGCCAGGACCUCCCCACGCCACACAGGCCAGGGUGACCAUGCCCUCAGUGCGGUCGCCUGCCCCUACCCUCCCCCCGCCUCCCCUGCCACCGGGCAGGCCCAGGCUCCAAUCAGGAGGCUGAGAUAAACAGCAGGACACCCAGCCACCCUCCGGCCAGGGGGAGUGAACCUUGCUCCAGAGGCCUGUCACGGCGGGGACGAGCGCUGUCCUCGGCCGCACCAUGGCGGGCGGGCUGUGCCUCUUCCUUCUCAGCGCCUCCCUGGCUGGCCUCCUGCUGCCGGGGGCAAGUGUGUUCCUGCCCCGGGACCAGGCCCACAGCGUCCUGCAGAGAGUCCGCAGGGCCAACUCGUUUUGGGAGGAGGUGAAGAAGGGAAACCUGGAAAGGGAGUGCCUAGAGGAGGCCUGCUCGUAUGAGGAGGCCCGCGAGGUCUUCGAAGACACGGAGAAGACGAAUGAAUUCUGGAAUAUACACAAAGAUGGUGACCAGUGUGAAAGCCGUCCUUGCCUGAAUCAGGGCAUAUGUAAAGAUGGCCUCGGGGAAUACACAUGCACCUGUUUGGAAGGAUUUGAAGGCCAAAACUGUGAAUUACCCACGCGUGAGCUCUGCAGCCUGGACAACGGGGGCUGCGACCAGUUCUGCAGGGAGGAGCGGAGCGCGGUGCUGUGCUCGUGCGCCAGCGGGUACGACCUGGGCGACGACGGCAAGUCCUGCGUCUCCGCAGAGCCCUUCCCCUGCGGGAAGCACACCCCGGGACGCGGCAGGCGGUCGGCCACCCACCGCAGCGGGGAGGCCCCCGAAGCAGGCGUGCCGGAGCAGUACGACCGCGGAGACCUGGGCCCCACCGAGAGCUCCCUCCACCUGCUGGGCCUCAACGGGACAGAGCCCAGCCCCAACGAGGACGAGAGCCACCUGGUCCGGAUAGUGGGCGGGAGGAAGUGCGAAGACGGGGAGUGCCCCUGGCAGGCUCUGCUCGUCAAUGAGGAGAACGAGGGCUUCUGCGGGGGCACCAUCCUGAGCGAGUUCUGCGUCCUCACCGCGGCCCACUGUCUUCUGCAGGCUAAGCGGUUCACGGUGAGGGUAGGCGACCGGGACACAGAGAAGGAGGAGGGCAACGAGAUGGCACACGAGGUAGAGGUGACCGUGAAGCACAGCCGGUUCGUCAAGGAGACUUACGACUUCGACAUCGCGGUGCUGCGGCUCAAGACGCCCAUCAAGUUCCGCAGGAACGUGGCGCCCGCCUGCCUGCCGGAGAAGGACUGGGCCGAGGCCACGCUGCUGACCCAGAAGACGGGCGUCGUCAGCGGCUUCGGGCGCACGCACGAGCGGGGCCGCCUGUCGUCCACGCUCAAGAUGCUGGAGGUGCCCUACGUGGACAGGACCACCUGCAAGCUGUCCAGCAGCUUCACCAUCACCUCCAACAUGUUCUGCGCCGGCUACGAUGCGCAGCCCGAGGACGCCUGCCAGGGCGACAGUGGCGGCCCCCACGUCACCCGCUUCAGGGACACCUACUUCAUCACUGGCAUCGUCAGCUGGGGCGAAGGAUGCGCGCGGAAGGGGAAGUACGGCGUCUACACCAAGGUCACCAACUUCCUCAAGUGGAUUGACAAGUCCAUGAAAGCUGGGCUGGGGACAGGGGACAGGGGGGAGCCGCGCCCCCAGUGAAGCCCCCCACUGCCCCUCGCAGCCCCUGCCUCUCCCUCCUCUCAGCACCGGGGCUCUGAGCCAGCCUCCCUCCCUGCCGUGAUUAGAGCUGGGUUGAUUCCUUAUCCUGCUUCUGUUUUUGCUCCACCGAAGUGGGAAAUGAAGGUCCAUUUGGAACCUGGGACCCUGCCUUCCCGUCGCCAGCUGGGAGGUUUCAGGAUUCGGGAAGUGCUACCCACGUAGGAUGGGCCAGGGCUCCCAGACCAAGUCUUAAAACUGAGGGGCCUUUUCUGUUCACAGCGCGUUUCUCUGUCCUGGAGGCCGCCA